AUGAAAGUGUUAAGCAGCUGUAAUACUUCAAAGACACUAAAUGCUGGGAACAUGGAGAGUCUGAUUGAGUGCCAGUCAGAGGCUGAUGCCAAGAAAUGCUCCCCGCUGCUCUCAGCAGAUACUGAAGACGGACUUUGCCAUUCAGCUGCAGAUGGAACAAAGAAAAGAAAGAAGGUAAUAUCACAGUCAUUUACUCUGAGACGAAGCUCUACCAAUGGGAAUUCCCCAGGGCAGCUAGACUCGGGUGCCAAAAUCGCUCUAUUUGGCCAGCCUCUGGAAAUUAUCUGUGGGGAAGACGACACGCUGCCCCAGACGGUCCAGGAUGUCCUAGCUAUAUUGUAUAUGAAAGGACCUUCCACUGAAGGGAUAUUCAGAAAAGCUGCCAAUGAGAAAGCACGAAAGGAGUUGAAGGAGGACCUAAACAAAGGCGAGAAUGUUGAUUUGAAAAGCAAAUCUGUGCACCUGCUG